GCCAAUUUCCAUUCCGACCAAAUCCACCACGCUGACUCUGUUUCAUUUCUCAUCUUCUUCAACCUCCAAUAUAAACCUCCAAACAAACCAUUAGUAAAUCUCUUUUUUGCUUUUAAUUUCUCCACUCAAACAUAAAAAUCAUAAAAUCAAACAAAAUAACAAUCCACUCUGUUUAUCAUUUUACUCGAAAUCUUAAAAAAAUCAUUAAAAAAAAAAAAAAAGGUUGAAACGAUGUCGUGGUUGAGGAAUGCCGUGAACAAAGCGGUGGAGGUCGGGAACAAGAACAACCUGACACGCACCGUAAGGAACUACGCGGACACCGUCGUUCAACAGGCCGGCCAAGCCGUCGCUGAAGGAGCCAAAAUCUUGCAAGAUCGAAUUGGGACGCGGAAUUUCAGAAGUGCAAAGCAAACUAUCAAAAGAUUGGAGGAAGCUGCAAUCUCAUGUAGGGGCCCGGAAAGAGUAAUGUUGCUGAGAAGAUGGUUGAUUGUGCUUAAACAGGCUGAAAGAUCAUCAGCCCCUGUAUCUGAGGAUAAAGAAAAAGUGCAUGAGCCUCAUGGGACUGAUGAAGGAAAGGAGAGUCCAAGAAAAUCAGCUAUGCUUCUGUAUUAUGACUCUGAUGUUGGGGGUGAACCUUUGAAUUUCCGUGAUGUUUUUCUUCAAAGCCAGGCUCUGGAGGGCAUAACAUUGUCCAUGAUUCUUGAAGCACCAAGUGAUGAAGAAAUUUCUUUGCUCUUGGAGAUGUUUGGGCUCUGCCUUAUAGGAGGAAAAGAAGUUCAUAAUGCAAUAACAAGCAGUAUACAGGAUCUAGCUACAGCUCUCUCAAGCUACCAAGAAGAAGUAUUGGUAAAGCGGGAGGAAUUGCUUCAGUUUGCACAAGGUGCCAUUUCAGGGUUGAAGAUUAAUGCUGAUAUUAUCAGAAUUGAUGCUGAAGCCUCCGACCUAAAGAAAAAACUUGAUAGAUUGAAUGUUUCUCUAAAAGCUUCAAAUGAAGGUCUUGAGCAAGCAUCUGAAGAAACUACUAUGGCAACAAUAGAGGCUUUGAAAGAAGCACUUGCACAAGUUCGGGCUUGUUCCAGAUUGGAGGGACUUUUGCUAAAAAAGAAAAUGUUGAACAAUGGAGACUCUCCCGAGAUACAUGCUCAAAAGGUUGAGAAGCUGAAGGUGUUAUCUCUUAACUCUACCGUAAAAUCUGAAAAGCGCAUUUCAGAUCACAGAGUACAAAAAGAGGAAGCACUAAAAGUUCGUGUGUUAAAGGCAAGUGAAGCUGGUGAAAAAGAAAAGGAAUUAUCAGCUGAGAUUGCAGAACUUGAAAAAGAAAGAGAUCAUCUUGAAGCUGAACUAAAAAAGGUUAAUAUUACUUUGGCUGCUGCUCAAGCACGCCUUCGCAAUGCCAAGGAAGAGAGGGAACAAUUUGAUGAAGCUAACAAUCAGAUUGUUGAGCACUUGAAAACAAAGGAAGAUGAGCUCUUGAAAUCCAUUGCUGCAUGUAGGGUAGAAGCAGAUGUGCUCAAUACAUGGAUUAAUUUUUUGGAAGACACUUGGGUUCUCCAAUGCUCUAAUGCAGAAAUUAAGGAUAAGCAGGUCAAUGAUGAGUUGGACAAGCAUGAGGACUAUUUUGUGAAGUUGGCCAUUUCCCUGCUCUCUGCUUACAAGAAAGAGUUGGGGCCUUCUAUUGUUCGCAUUGAAAAAUUUGUGGAGAACCUAAAGAAUUUGAAAGAAGGGUCCGAGGAGGAAUCUAGGAAUGAGGAUUCAAAGGAACUGAACCCUAGGAAAAAUCUUGAAGAGGAAUAUCUAAACUAUGAAGCCAAGAUCAUAACCACCUUCAGUGUGAUAGAUAACAUGAAAGAGCAAUUUUAUGCUCAACGGGAAAUAAAUUCCAGGAAAGAUGAUGCUAGGGUUAAAGAGUUAUUUGAUGAUAUUGAGAAGUUGCGACAGGAAUUUGAAUCUAUUGAUAGACCGAAUUUGGAAUUGGAGAAUCCGACACCAAAAGCUGAUGCUCCGGCUGAUGCUCCAUUCAAUGAGAAACCACCAGGAAGUCCCUCCGAUACCACUGCACAAGGAAUCACUACUGUAAAACCCAAGAUAAAUGAGCAUCCCGAGAAAUCUGCCGUUAAGGCAGAGCAGGUGCUGGACCAUGAAGCCGAGUUGGCAAAGUUAGAGUCCGAGUUUGGGAAGGUUGGUCAAGACUACUCAGGAGAAGAAAUUGGUGACUGGGAGUUCGAUGAGCUUGAAAGGGAGUUCAAAACUGAAGGUUCAGCAGCAAGCAAAUAGCUCAAUUCGCUCAGUCAAAUUAGUGAUUAUUAAUAUUGAAGUCUAAUAAACAAAGCAUGCAUAAACAUGCUAUAAAUUUGUAUCUGACCUCUCCAGAAGCUGCGUUUUUAGAUCACAGGCUUUUUUGUAACUUCUAUGUAACAUUGUAUGGAAUGUUGAUUUAUUGAUUCUUCUGUAAAUUCUCAAAGUUGUAUGUUGUAAUGUGGAAUUGAUGAAACAAAUGAAUGAAAGGGCUUUAUAUAAAUGGACGUGGCUGCUGAAUCUUAACAGUUUGAUUGAUA